CUGUUUUGACGCAUCAGUUCACGGAAAGAUCUGUCUGAGCGGAUUUAUUGUACUGACCACCGGCGAGGCAACCUGGUGGCCCCAGGAAAACUACCCUGGCCAAGGCUCCAUUGCGCCAGUCAAACCAGAGUCAGGAACUACAUUAUUCCGUCUUUCUCUGAACAGAUCUUCCUUCUCGUGGUCUGCUGCCGUGCUGCUCAUUUCGGAGCAGGUAGCAAAGAUCUGGAGCCCAACGCGAACGCUUUGGCUUGUCCAGACGCUUUUCCCCAGCGCCGAGAAUUCCAUCGACCUCAGCAGCUUGAAUAGAUCAGUUGUGCACAGUACGUCGGACUGGCACUGAACUCGCCGCCACAUAUGUCUCUGAGGAAAGACAGUGCAGGAGUGUUGCAGCUUGUGUCCUUUGCAAGCUAAGGCCACGGGCGCCUAUCAUGUUGUGGCGGGAAUGCGGGUUGCAGAGUGAAUGCGGUGUAAGUUUAGCGGCUCUGGAGUGUCAGGUGCUGGACUGGCGGUAGCGGGUGAGGAGGGUUGCUUGAUUGGUUGCUGACGCUAGGGUCGAGAAGGUGCAAUUUGGAGUGAGGGGAUGGAGAAUUUUGUACUGGACAGGGUUGUGAGGUGAGGUGGGUGUAGAGCUAGGGCUUUAGUUGGGUUUUGAGAUGGGGAGAGUGGAUUGAGUGGAGCUUGGAUAUGGAAGUUUGGGGAAGUGAAGGAGUGAGGACGGCAAUGAUGAUGGUGGAGAUCUUUGGAAGCAAGUAGGGCUUGUGGCACUGCUAACGAAGUCUUCAAUUAGCGGCGAAAUUCGACAAGAGAUGACGCGGAUUAAAUUUCCAGUGCUGGUGUUUCUGGCCUUGGCGGCAAUGGUGGCGACGUACAAUACGAUCACUAUGAUUAACAGCUAUCAUAACCGGAGUGGUCACGUAGGUCCCGGGGCUGGUGAAGAUGACAACAAGUUCUCAUUCGAAUCACUAAUCAAGCCGUCGGAGGAAACAAAACGGAGUAGCCCCACGCGUUUGUUUCACGUUGCGGUGACGGCCAAUGACUUCCCCUACAAUCGUUGGCAGUGCCAGAUCAUGUACUACUGGUACAAGAAGUUCAAAGAUGCGCCCGGAUCAGAGAUGGGCGGCUUCACUCGCGUCUUGCAUUCCGGAAAGCCUGACAAUUUCAUGGAGGAAAUUCCGACAGUUGUUGUAGACCCUCUGCCGGACGGCGAGGAUCGGGGGUACAUUGUGCUGAAUCGACCAUGGGCGUUCGUGCAGUGGUUGCGAAAGACAGACAUCCCAGAAGAUUACAUCCUGAUGGCAGAACCGGACCAUAUAUUCAUACGGCCGCUUCCCAACUUAGCUACGGAGGAUAUUCCAGCUGCCUUCAAGUUCUUCUACAUUGUUCCUACGAAAAAUGAAAAAGUUUUGAGAAAAUUCUUUCCAAAAGAGAAAGGGCCGAUUUCCAACAUCGACCCCAUCGGCAAUUCUCCAGUCAUUAUUAAGAAGAGUCAAUUAGAGAAGGUAGCCCCAACAUGGUCAGACGUGUCCAUCAAGAUGAAGGAUGACCCAGAAACUGACAAAGCAUUUGGUUGGGUUUUAGAAAUGUAUGGAUAUGCGACAGCUGCAGCUUUGCAUGGGAUUAGACAUACGUUGGUCAAAGAUUUUAUGUUACAGCCACCGUGGGAUACCGACCGUGGAAACAAUUAUAUUAUUCAUUAUACGUAUGGAUGUGAUUACAGCAUGAAGGGUCAGUUGACGUAUGGCACCAUUGGAGAAUGGCGAUUUGACAAACGUUCUUACUCCACAGGAGCUCCGCCCAAGAACUUAACCUUGCCUCCUCCAGGUGUACCAGAGACAGUGGUCACAUUGGUCAAAAUGGUGAAUGAAGCCACUGCUAAUAUUCCAGGAUGGAAAGAAGGGGAGUAGUGCGGAAGCCUUUGUCUCCUGGAUUACUUUCGAAAGUUUCACUCUGUACAUGCCUUCUUCAAUGGUUCUACCCAAUGGAAUUGGGGAGCAUUGUAAAACCUCUUAGCAAGCGUCUGCAAGUUUUCCAGCUGCGACACGACAUAAGGACAGGCAAAUAAUAAGGGCCUGAAAUGUGGGUAGUUGGUCUACUGUAUGAUCACGAGUUUUAGGUUACAUCUUGUAUCCAAAACGUUUGUUGAAGCUCUACACAUGUUAGCAGCAUGUAGACUCUUGCUAAACACAUAGCCUUGUAGAUGAGGUAUUUUUUCUAAAAUUUGAUUAUUAAAACAGUCGUUCAGUCAGCUCAAAGAGCCAUUUUUGGAGCGGAGGUUAACGCCCGAAUGCUUCUGCACACUUCAGACAUCGAAUAAAUUCAUUGUAUGUA